GGGGGUGGGGAGAGGGGAGAGGGGGAGGGGGAGGGAAAGAUGACUGACUCCCGGGAUGCAAGUAUUUCAAUCGUGGGAAGUGGGCUGAUUGGGCGGAGCUGGGCCACGGUCUUCUCAAGCGCAGGCUACACAGUGAGGCUUUAUGAUGUUGUUCAGCAACAGGUCGAUUCUGCCAUCCAAGACAUAAGGCAUCAGCUGAAUGAACUUGAGAAAAAUGGGAUGCUCAGAGGAACUUCCAAACCAGAGGAACAAAUGGCGUUGAUCAGUGGCUGCAGUGACCUUGCAAAAGCAAUAGAGGGCUCUAUUCACAUCCAGGAAUGUGUUCCUGAGAACUUGGAACUGAAGAGGAAGAUUUUUCAAGAGUUGGAUGGCCUCAUGAAUGACGAUGUGAUUCUCAGCAGUUCUACUUCGUGCCUUUUACCUUCAAAGCUGUUCAGCGGUCUCAAACAUGUUAAACAGUGUAUUGUAUCUCACCCUGUGAAUCCAACAUACUACGUACCCCUGGUUGAACUGGUCCCACAUCCGGAGACACAGCCUUCUGUUGUGGAGAAAACCUAUGCUCUUAUGAAACGUGUUGGACAGGUGCCUGUCAAGCUGAUCAGAGAGAUUGAUGGAUUUGCUUUGAAUCGAAUUCAAUACGCUAUCAUUGGAGAGGCGUGGAGACUUGUUACCGAGGGUAUAAUAUCGCCCGAGGACGUGGACCUUGUAAUGACUGCAGGAUUAGGAAUGCGCUACGCUUUUAUGGGACCCUUUGAGACCAUUCACCUGAAUGCAGAAGGUACCAAGAAUUACUGUGAGCGUUAUGCCGUGGGCAUGAAACGAGUGCUUUCGUCUUUUGGCCCCCCACCCGAAUUCCGUGAUGACGAGAUCCAGAAUAUUCAUCAGGCACUGUCCAGGAGAAUUCCUGCUGAUCCGGAACACCUCAAUGCACGAAGGCACGACAGAGACGUAUACCUGGCUGCUCUGGCAAAGUUGAAAAAGAAAAUGUAGUGAGGCAGUGGAGGGUCAGCCAAGGCGACAUUAAUCUCCUAGGUGCAAUAUGAUCCAUCUUUAGUAACACUAAAAACAUAAAAGAUGCAAAAAUAAUAACUUUUCUUAACACUGGGGUUGAAGAUGCCAUAUUUGCAAUCCGGAUUCGAAGCACUAAUUAUGAUUUCUGUUCAUGAAUAUUCGAAAACGUUUAAUUCACAAUACUCUUAAAUUGACUAAUCGCGAUUUCCAAAGUGUGGGGGGAGAAAAAUGCUGAGACGAAAAAUGCUGUCAGGCUGUUUUGCUCAAUCCAGUUAGCUGUUUGGCAAACGUCAAAAGUUAAAUAAUAUUGGAGAAUUGAAGACAAAAGUCAUAACACUUCAAAUCCCAUUUGCUAACAUUGCAAACUAGACCCCAUUAAUUGCUUUCUUUAUCUGCCCAGUUUAUAUCUGCUAAUUUUCUUCUUUGCUGUGUAGAGUUUGUAGUUCCCCUUGACCUUUUUUAAAAAACAUCAUUGUAAGAGUGUCAAAGUACUUAGUGCAUAUCUAGUUCAGAGAUAUCUGACUUUUUUAUCUUUUAAUAAAAAAGUUCAUUGUAUGUUAUAGAAAUAUAGAGUAAAACUCGCAUAAGACUUAUCUUUAUAAAUCGUAUAAUCAACAACAACAAAAUUACAUUUCUAAAGCACCUUUCAUGGCGGGAGGACAUCCCAAGGGGCUGAACAGACAGGGAUCAGGACCCAAGCGUGGGGGGCAGAGUUGGAAUGAGGGAGGGCAGAGGGGUUAGGAGGGCGGCUGAAGGCAUAGUCGAAAAGGAGGGUCUUGAGUCGUGCCUCGAGGGAGGCAAGAAAGGGAGUGAAGGGACUGUGGGAUGGAGGUCCAAAGGGUGGGGGCAGAGAGGCUGAAAGCCCAGCUGCCGAUGGUAGGGCAGGUCGGCCAGGAGACCUGUAGCAGGCCGGAGCUACUGAAUGGAGGGAGCGGACAGGUUGAUAGGGAGUUAUCAGGUUAGAGAUGUAAGAGGGGUGAGGCUGUGAAGAGCUUGAAAGUAGGACAAGAAUUUUGAUUUCUAUCCUCUGAGGGAUGGGGAGCCGGUGGAGCCGGGCGAGGGUGGAGGUGGGGGUGAUGGAGUCACUGAGCCUGGUGAGGGAGAGGACAUGAGCUGCAGAAUUCUGGAUGAUCUGCAGCUUGUAGAGGGAAGAGUUGGGAGGCCGACAACAGCAACAAAACUUGCAUUUAUAUAGCGCCCCUUGCAUGGGGAAGCAUCCCAGAGUGCUUAAGUCGUACUUGCAUCCGAGUCUCAAUUCAAUUUCCUUUCAAAACUACUAAGAUUUCUUUGCAAUAGUCGGAUUUUAUAAAGGUAUUAUCUCCUAACUCAUAUCGCCGCUCCCCUAUCCUCCAUUAAUCUCUGCAUCUACCAGCUGUAUUGAAUCGUGGGAAGUGACCUCCCAUUGACACCCCCCACUUACCUGCCGACUGCAUUGAAUACUUAGUCUUGAUCUGUCGUCGGGUGCACAAAGAACUUAAUUUUCCACGAUUCAAUGCAAUGCCAUUGUUUGCCGGUAAAUUCGCAUGCAGCGACGGGUCAAGACAGGAAACAUAGUCUUGACCUGUCACCGCAUGAGCACUUACCAGUUGCAGUGAUGAAAGACUGCACGGGCACUUUCCGAAUGCAUUGAAUCAUGCAGGCGCAGUGUAGAUUAUUGAUUAAAUCGGAUUUUCUAUGAUUUCUUCUACAGUUUGCCUGCAACUCGGACUUCACCUUAGUCAUAUUAAAUGACUCAUGCAACUUAUGUGAGUUUUACGGUAUAACUAGCACUUAUAGAACACCAUCUUGCACUUAUGGAAUGGCAAUUUAACUAUUUAUAUCAAAGCAAUAGUAGCCACAAUUAACUAUUGUAAUGGGAUUUGAAGGCUAUUGUAAACCAAACCACUGGAAUAUACCAACAGUGGUCAGUAAAGCUUCCAAUUUAGAUUUGCAACUUUCUGUCUUAUUUGUUUUAUUUGCAAGAAAAUAUAUUUGUGCUCACAUCUUGUAGGUCAUAAUAAAAGUGUCAUGAAACCUG